UUUCCUCUUUCAAAGUGUCUUCUCUUCUGUGUCUCAAAAACAAAUUUCCAUUUCAAAUAUCUCGUGUUUUAGACUUUCUUUUUGGGUCAACAUUGAUUGAGUUUAGUUUUAUUGAUUCUUGGUAGAGGUUGAGAUUGAUUUUGUAUAUCAUUCGGUAAUCUUGUUGAAUUCGAAGAUGUUGGAUAUGGAUAUGGUGGGAGGAUCUCUUCAUCUUACAUCGUUGAAUCAUGUCUCGAUGCUGUGUAGAUCAGUCAAAAAAUCUCUACAUUUCUAUCAGCACGUACUAGGGUUCAUCCCAGUUAGGCGGCCUGAAUCUCUCAACUUCGAGGGAGCAUGGCUAUUCGCUUAUGGAAUUGGCAUCCAUCUUCUGCAAGCAGGGAACCCAGAAAGCUUGCCGACGAAAAGCGAGAUUAAUCCUAAAGACAAUCAUAUUUCUUUCCAGUGUGAGAACAUGACAGUAGUGGAGAGGAAGUUGAAGGAGAUGGGAAUAGAGUACGUGCAGAAUAGAGUAGAGGAGGGUGGGAUAUACGUGGACCAGUUGUUUUUUCAUGACCCAGAUGGCUUCAUGAUCGAGAUUUGCAACUGUGAAAACCUGCCGGUGGUCUACCUCGAUGGCGAACCCGCUGGAGCAGUUUGCUCGAGACGUAGUUUCAAGAAGCACCAGCAACCACCACCAUCACCGCAAAUGGUUAAAUGUGUUACAGCAGUAUCUGUUAAGGAGGACUACCUCUCUUGUGCAGGAUUCUAUCGAGAGGGAUCGAAUUGUUAGAUCAAAAGUAUAUUCCUUUUGUGUAGUGUUGUAAUUUUUUUUUUCACUU